AACGACGAGCGUCAUGGCGUCGGACGGUGGAGGGAAAAGUGAUGCGCCUCCGGUGGGAGGGAAUUCGAUGAAGAAAGCCCGUGUGUUUGAUUUUAACGCUAUUUUCGAAGAAGCAAGGAAGACCGCUAUUGACCGGAACAAGGACGUACACAAAAUCGAAGGCUCUGAAGCAAACGACGACAGCCCAAAAGACAGCAGUGCUACACCAUCCGACGACAAGCCAGCCUCGCCUCUGCCCGAGCAGUCUACGAGCCUGGCUCCCGCAGCCGACGACGACGACGACAGCAGCGACGACGAACUGGUAGGCCCCCCAGUAUCUCUCUCUGCGGACCGGACCAAUGACGACGACGAGGAAGGCCCGCCGUCGGACGACGAAGCGGCCGCCAAGUACCGGCCAAUCCCACUCCAAGACGAGCUCGUCCUCCGCCACGGCACCAAGAUCGUUUCCGCGCUCGCGUUGGAUCCCAACGGUGCGCGGCUGGUGACCGGAGGCUACGACUUCGACGUGACACUAUUCGACUUUGCGGGCAUGGACGCGUCGCUGCAGCCCUUCCGUAGCCUGCGACCAUGCGAGUGCCACCAGAUCCGCAACCUCGAGUACAGCUGCACGGGUGACACCAUCCUCGUCGUGUCCGGCAACGCGCAGGCCAAGGUUCUCGAUCGCGACGGCUUCGAGGUGAUGGAGUGCGUCAAGGGGGAUCAGUACAUCACGGACAUGGCGCGCACGAAAGGUCACGUAGCCAUGCUCAACUACGGCUGCUGGCACCCGCGCACCCGAGAGGACUUCCUCACCUGCUCCAACGACGGCACGCUGCGGUUGUGGAACGUGCAGCAGCCCCUGCGUCACAAGGCGCUCGUCAAGACGAAGCAGCAGGGCGGUCUGCGCGCCAUCCCGUCCACGUGCCGGUUCAGCCGCGACGGGCAGCUGCUGGUGGCGGGCUGCCAGGACGGCUCACUCCAGUUCUGGGACCAGCGACGCACGCUGGUGCACCCGAGUCAGGCGCUGCGCGACGCCCACCGCCGCGGCUCGGACAUCUCGUGCGUGGCUUUCUCGCAGGACGGCCGGCAGCUGGCCUCGCGCGGCUGCGACGACACGCUCAAACUGUGGGACCUCCGCGCGGCCCGGGCUGCGCCCCUCCACGCCUUCGAGGGCCUGGACAACCUGUACCCGGGCACGGAUUGCGGCUUCAGUCCGGACGACAGGCUCCUGUACACAGCCACCUCUAACGCGGAAGGCGUAGGGGAGCUCGUGUUCUUCGAGCGGGACACCUUGCGCCAAGUGCUGCGCCGCCGGGAACCGGCCCCCGUGGCGCGCCUCCUCUGGCACCCUCGGCUGAACCAGCUGCUCGUUGGCCUGUCCAGCGGCGAGCUCAGGCUGCACUACGACCCGGCCCACAGUCACCACGGCGCCAUGCUGUGCGCCUCCAAGCUGCCCCGCGUCCGCGCCGCGCCCCACGAGCUCACCCAGGCCCAGGUUCUGACGCCCCACGCACUGCCGCUGUUCCGCGAGGAGCGGCCGCGCAGCACGCGCAAGCGGCUUGAGAAGGCCCGCAAGGACCCCGUCCUGUCGCGGAGGCCCGAGCUCCCCGUCACCGGGCCUGGGCAGGGCGGACGCAUCGCGUCGGCCGGCAACACGCUCUCCUCGUACAUCGUGCGCAACCUGGGCAUCACCAAACGCGUCGACGACAACGUGGACCCCCGGGAGGCCAUCCUCAAGUACGCCAAGGAGGCCGCCGACAAGCCCUACUGGGUGACGCCGGCCUACGCCUCGACGCAGCCGCGCCCCAUCUUCCAGCAGCACGAAGAGGAGCCCACGCCUGCCAAGAAGCCCAAGCAGGCUUGAACUUGCUGCCACCUGUGUGCCGUCCUGGCUUCUCUGGAAUGCUUCGGAAAGCAGCAGUCACCAUACAUUGCUGCAGUUGGGUCACGGCAUAGACGCGAUUUUUGUUUCCUUUGUACAAAAAAACAUUUGACGCCGAGCUCUGGAGGCUGCUCUUGAAAUAAUGGUGAAGUCGCGCUGCCAACUGCGAACUGUACAUUUGUGCGAUAUUACCCGAAUUGUGAAUGCGCUUCGGUCGAGGUACCGUCGGCAAUCUAUUCACUUUUUUUUUGCCAAACUAUUAUUAAUUUUAAGUUAGCUGUCUUCAUUCUAAAGUUGAGCUUCUUUAUAAAUCCUCCCCCAUUGUAGCUGUUCCCUUACUUGUGGGGUAUCACAUAGUAGCUGUGAUAUGCAUGCUUCAGUACAAAAGCUUUGUUCAUUGUGGCGACUGUAUAAAAUGUGAUUGCCAAAGCCGGAAGACUGCAUUACGAUGCCUUGAAACGGCUUCUAGCCCAGGAGCCGCAAGCAGCAGUGGUGGUAGCGUGAGCAAGCAUGGUGUACUUAGUUGGCCACAGACGGCGAACCACAAAGGAGAGUACUUUGAAUGUUGUAUUUUACUCCGUUAAGAGCUAUCCCCAGCAACUUUGUUUUUUGAGGUUCCUAUGUCAAGGUUGUAAAGUUCAUUCACUUGUGAAAAAUACACAAAUGUGGCAUACCAUUAGUAUCAUAAUCUCGGUGCUGCUUGCCAAUCAAAACCAACUGUCUGGUGGUUGAAGCAAAAGUGAAAGCUUUUAUCAGGUAUCUCCCAAACAUUUUUUCAUCUCUACACUGUUAAUGUUUUGUAUGGAGCUUGAUCUAUAGUCUUCAAUUAAAUUAAAUUUUAUCAUUGGCUAAAGCCACCUGGA